GAUGCGAGUCAGUUCAGUACCUUGCGAGACACCGAAGGGGAAGCAUAUACACGUGUGCUCCUGAAGUGCUGUGUGUGGUGGUGCUGUGUGUCUAACCCUCCCUAGUGGGCUGUGGGGUGCUUGUGUGGCUCUUGUGUGCGUGUGCGCGGGCGUGGGCAGCCUUGAGGAGUACCUAAGGGCAGCAAUGUGGACCUCCGCUGUUUUGGUGUUGGUGGUGAUGUUGGGAGCACGAGAGGUUGGCAGCGACAAGGUACUUUUGGGGAGUCUGGGGAGGCAGGUGUCGCCCCAGACGGCAGAUAAGGAAUUCACUCCCAACAUCCAGGCCUCCUGCAAGACUGGUUAUAUGCAGAUUAACGUGAAUGUGAAGGAUCCCCCGUUUGUAGGCGCGGUCCACUCUCGGGACUUCCGCAAGGAGGGGUGCAUGGUGGUGGGGGACGGCAGCAGUCACGUCACCCUCAGCCUGCCUCUCAUAACUGACGAGUCGGACCCUAACUAUUGCGGCGUUAGAGUCAACAAGACGAGCAAGGAGAAGUACGUGCCCAUUGCAGUUCGUAUGCACGAGACCCUGGAGCUGGCUAACGAUAAGUUCUACAUCAUCAAGUGUGGCCUGCCUGGGUUCUUCAAUGCCAGGAACGAGUCGAGUUUCAUCACCCUACAACUUCUUGACCAGGAUAAGAAGAAGGUGAAGGAGGCAGUGUUUGACCGGAGGUACAUCCUUCGUGCUGACAUCUCCCAGCCUGACAACACGCACUCCAUGAGGAUAAAGGACUGCUUCAGCUUUGGAGAGCCCAACUACACGGUGCCACUGACAGAUGACCGAGGGUGUCCGGAAGGCUCCCUCAUCAGCCCCUUUGUCUACAAUGAGACGGCAGGCACAGCGGAAGCGGUUCUCAAUAGGAUGUUUCGCUUCCCCACUACGAACCGGGUGCAUUUCCAGUGUGACGUGCUUAUUUGUAAAGGCCCUUGUGAGAUAGAGCAGUGUGCGGGCAAAUCAGAGCGUCUGACUGUGGUUCAAGGCCGCGCCCUCCCUGCCACUGAUGCCAACAGUGUGGAGGAGAAGGGCGGCAGGGUGCAGGCGACCACAACCGUAUAUGUGGUGGAGCCGACGACUAUUGGUGAGCGUACACUCUCCCUCUUCCACCUCUCCCUCUCCCUCUUACCUGCCCAGGGGAGAGAGAUAAGACACACGCACGCCUCACCGGUCUCUGACUGGCCUGACGGAGUGCGAGUGGUACCCCCGUGGCUGUGGAUCCUGUGCAUCGUGCUGGCCGUGCUGUUUGUCAUUAUGAUGAUUAUUAACAUCUUCCUGUGCUCCGCCAUGACCUGCUCCUGCACCAAGUCUGAGGUCAUCGAGAAGGAGCCCUCCAUUAUCGAGGAGUACGACCCCUACCGCUCCUGGCACGGCUCCCAGUACGGCUCCAGGUACUCCCUCAACGGCAAGGGCUACACCUCGGGCGCCUCCACCCUCAACUCCGCCCGCUCCGUGUCCUCCCACUCCGACCAUUACGUAGCCGUGCACUCCCGCCCCAACUCACGCUACUCUGGCCACCACUCCCUCAAGCACGAGAGGCCCCACCACCACCACCACCACCACUCCCGCGGCCCCCCUCCACCACCGGCAGCCAUUACUCCGGGAAAUAUUAAGUGGAGUGGAGUGAAGGAGCGAGUGGAGAGAUAGAGGAGGUAAUAGUCUUUCUCUCUCUCUCUUGUCUCCUCCUCCUCCUCCUCCUCCUCUUGCAGUAUCUCCGUCUCCUCCGUCUCCUCCUCCUCUUCUCCAAUCGACGUCCGUUAAAUAAUGUACGUAGGUGUGCUUAUUUUUACUAUGGUUUGGGCUUAAUUUGUUCAUAGAAAAUGGUUGUGUAUGUGUGUGUUACUUGGUGCUGUAGAAAAUGGGGUACUUGUGUUCUGUGUCAUAGAAAUCGGGGGUAUGUUGUGUAUUUGGUUUGUGUCUUAGAAAAUGUAAUGUAAUGUGUGUAUGUAUGUAUGUAUGUAUGUAUGUAUUUUGUACCGUAGGGAAACCGUGAAUUAUGUCUGUAUUUUUGUACUGUAGAAAAUGGGGGUCGUGUGUAAACUUAAGAUACUGUAUGUGUGUAUGUGUGUCUAACUUAUGUGUACGUGCGUGUAGCUGUAGGCACUCAUGUGUACUAUGUAACUGGCAGAAAAAGUAGUAGUAGUAGGAGUAGUAGCAGUAGUAGUAGUAGUAGUAGUAGUAGUCUAACAAGAAAGUACCUUCAGUCAUUGGUAUAAGAAGUUGAUGAGUUUACGUAAGACUUCCCUCCUCUCUGUUCAGUACACAGAAAACGGGGUGAGAACGAGAAAGGGUGGUGUUAUUACUAUCAUCAUUAUUACUAUUAUUUAUACAGUACAAUCAAGAAGAGUGGAGGCAAAAACAACCGUCUCUCCUCUCUCUCCACUAAACAAAAACAAAGAAAACGAGAGACAAAACGAAAGUAGAGGUGAUACUGUUAUUAUUACCACUAUUAUUAUUUUACCGUGGUCACUCUACCGGCUGCAAAAAUAACCGGGAAAAAUUGCCGCGCCGGGCUAUAAAAGAAAGGAGGCAAAAUUGUAAAGUAAGAGAGCGGGAUCAGCGAGAACCCGAAGGUGUCUCCAUCCGCGCCUCGUAAAGGGAAUCAGCCAAGGUGGGAAAAACAAAGGAAAAAGUGGGAGAAAAAAACAUGGAUAGGUAGGAUGUCCCUUGGUGUACCAGUGAGGGAGAGAGAGAGAGAGAGAGAGAGAGAGAGAGAGAGAGAGAGAGAGAGAGAGAGAGAGAGAGAGAGAGAGAGAGAGAGAGAGGAAUGUCGCAAAAAAGAGGAAGUGAAUGAUUAAAAACGAAUUCGUAAAAUUAAUAAGAAAUUGUACGGAAUUGAAUGAUCCAAGAAAGAAGAUUAGUUAUGUAAGACGUGGGAGAGAGAGAGAGAGAGAGAGAGAGAGAGAGAGAGAGAGAGAGAGAGAGAGAGAGAGAGAGAGAGAGAGAGAGAAGUACGUCAGAAAAAAAGAGAAAAUACAUACGAGAAAUAGACAAUAUAAUAAUAAUAAAUAAUAAUAAUAACAAGAAGAAAAAAAGAUACUGAAUUAUAAGAAAAAAAUAAUAAAAACACCAAUUUAAAGAAGAAAAAAAUAGAGGAAUAAAAUAAGAACAACAAAAGAAAAAAAGACAAAAUUAACAAAAAAGUAAAAAUAAAAUUGAAAAUUAAAAUAUAACAUCGAACGAGAGAGAGAGAGAGAGAGAGAGAGAGAGAGAGAGAGAGAGAGAGAGAGAGAGAGAGAGAGAGAGAGAGAGAGAGAGGAAAAUUAAAAAAAGGAAAAAAAUAGCUUGAAAAAAAAAUUAUCCCUGCACUCGUAUUUACUUUUCCUGACGGGCCAUUAAACUGAUAAACAAGAGGAAAGUAAUGAAACGUGGAAGGCCGCCACCGUAGACUUUUCACCAGCCAAAGUUACCCAAGAAAAAAUGACCUCCAGUUUUCUUUCUUUCUCCUCUCCCUUGACAUUUUUGCCGCUCUUCUUCGUUUUUCCCUUCGUUCCCUGUUCCGUCUGUGACAACAUUCAACAUUCCGCAGUUUGGUCAUAGUUGGAGGGAAAACAGAGGGAAAAAACAAGACUCAAAUAAAAAAAAAUGAAGAAAAGAUGUAUUUACGUUCGUGGAGUGAGGGAUGAGAGAGAGAGAGAGAGAGAGAGAGAGAGAGAGAGAGAGAGAGAGAGAGAGAGAGAGAAGAGCGAAAUGUGUAAUUCAAUACCGUUUUUCUCUUUUUUUAAUUUAGGAUGCGAUGGACGGCAGAUCGCGCCCCGGAAACGUAAAGAAAACGAGAUAUGUGUUUGUGUUUUUGUUUCUCUCUCUCUCUCUCUCUCUCUCUCUCUCUCUCUCUCUCUCUCUCUCUCUCUCUCUCUCUCUCUCUCUCUCUCUCGAUCUUUUUUAUUUAUUUAUUCUUUUUUUGUUGUUGAUUUGAGAAGUUGGUGACAUAAUUCUGCUGAUUUCCGGAACUCGUUAACCAGGUCAGUGUGUCGUGAACCUUACCUGCAAUAUUCGGGAGGUGUCGUAACUCUUUGAACCCGUAGAGUUAGAGACGCAAUAUCUUCUGAAAUAUACGAGACACUUUUCAUUAUUAUUGAUGGUAUUAAAUGGAUGGCAACGAUUAUUAUUCUUUUUAUUUUGAAUAUUUAUAGAAAAAUCAUUGUGGGUGAGACUGGUGAGGAAGAAUUAGGGAUGUUUAUGAGAGAGAGAGAGAGAGAGAGAGAGAGAGAGAGAGAGAGAGAGAGAGAGAGAGAGAGAGAGAGAGAGAGAGAGAGAGAGAGUGAGAAUAUGUAAGCUAUUCGUAACCAUUUCAAGUAACACCAUCUUUCUCCUCCUCCUCCUCCUCCUCCUCCUCCUCCUCCUCCUCCUCCUCCUCCUCCUCCUCCUCCUCCUCCUCCUCCUCCUCCUGCUUUCCUCGUCGUGAGUAAUACAAACACACGCUAUAUUUCUCUCCCCUCCCCGACUCUCCCUCACUCUCCCUCCCUCACCCUAAUGUAACCCUGAGGGAUGAACACUCACGGCCAGAUUCCAACCCGGAAUUAUGUGCUCGUUACCUAACACGCAUAUGAGAGAGAGAGAGAGAGAGAGAGAGAGAGAGAGAGAGAGAGAGAGAGAGAGAGAGAGAGAGAGAGAGAGAGAGAGAAAUCUAGGUGCAGUGUAUAUAUUAAUAUUUUUUAAAGUUUAUUUGUGUAUUUUUUUUAGAUUGCUGCUGUUUAUGGAGAGAGAGAGAGAGAGAGAGAGAGAGAGAGAGAGAGAGAGAGAGAGAGAGAGAGAGAGAGAGAGAGAGAGAGUGUAAAGCUUGUGAAGUAUUUUAAUUGCUAUUCUCACUUUAUUAUUAUUAUUAUUAUUAUUAUUAUUAUUAUUAUUAUUAUUAUUAUUAUUAUUAUUAUUAUUAUUAUUAUUAUUAUCAUUGUAGUUCGCCAUUAACUUAAGGAUACCCCAUUUUCUACUCCGGUAUGGUUAAGAGUAAAUAGAAAACGAAAGCCAGGCACCAUUUUCUACGCAAUGAACAGAAAAUGUAAAAGAAAAACGACAACAAAAAAACCCAACCAUAAUUACGUUUUCUUCCGUGGCUAUGCUGAACAGAAAACGAGAUCUGAGCGCCUAUAGGAGAAGAAAGAGAGAGAGAGAGAAAAAAAAAGAGAGUGAGAGAUAGGAAAAAAAGAUCUAGGCAUGACAUGAGCUAUUUCACUUUUAUUUUCUCACACCGCAUUGAAGGAAGGAGAAAAAAUGCUGUUAGGUUUUGCGUCACGGUGGCCACUGGGGGAGAUGGGGGGGUAGGGCACUUGUGAGGGGAUAGGAAGAGAGGUGUGUUACUUUUCCUUGCUCACUUACAGAGAAGUACAUCUCGUUUUCUUUUGAUAAGUUUAUUUUCUUUCUUUAAUUUCACCAUUCAUUUAUUUUUUUCUAUUCUUGUAUUUCCAUCACCUUUUAUUUCAUGCUUUUGUCUGAAUAUCUCUCUCUCUCUCUCUCUCUCUCUCUCUCUCUCUCUCUCUCUCUCUCUCUCUCUCUCUCUCUCUCUCUCUCUCUCUCUCUCUCUCUCUCUCUCUCUCUCUCUCUCUCUCUCUCUCUCUCUCUCUCUCUCUCUCUGUCUGUUUCUCUCAUCUGUAUUACCUCUAUCUUGACUCCUAUCUUUAUUGUCAUCCUUUAUUGCCUUCUUGUAUUGUUGUGUCUCCCUUCCCUGAUAAUAAUCUUCCCAACUAUCUUCUUCUUAUCUUCCCUCUCAAUCUCAGGGUCAUGGGUGUCUUGUUUGCUUCAUUCCUUAUCUGUAUUCCAGUCCAGAUUGCUUAUUUUCAUGAUUUUUUUGGCAUUUUUCUGGUUAUUAUCUUGCGUUACUCUUCUUCCUCGUUUUCUUCUCCUUUUUCUCUCUUCUUAAUCUUCGUUUUCUUCGAUUUUCAUUAAUAUUAUAUCGAAGGAUCGUUCCUGUGACCUUUUCGUAUUACGUGAUUCCCUCCCUCCCCCCUCCCUGUCUUCCUCCCUCCUCCCUCCCUUCCUGCCAUUCAUCUAUAGUUUAUCAGAAUCUCUCCUUCCCUCACUCUUGCCCUCCAGCCUUCCCUCCGUCUCUUCCCUCCAUCUGGCAUCUUUCACAAGACUCCUCCUUCCCUCCUCCUUCCCUCCUCCUUCCCUCCCUCCCUUGCCUCUACCACAGUACCAUUUCAGAGUCCAUCUUCCUUUCUUCCUUUCUUUCUUAUUCCUUCUCCACUUUUUCUUUCCUCCUUCUCUAGUUUUCUAUGUGUAAUUUUUGGAGAUUCUUCCCUCUUCCUCCUUUCCAGUUAUCUCCUUUUUUCUGGAUUAUUUUCCUUUUCUUUCUUUCUGUUUUUUUCUUUUCCUCACUUUAAUUUGCCUGAUCUCCAUGCUUACUUGUCUCUUUCUUUCCUUUUUAUUUUUCCAACUCCUUUUUUUUUAUAUAUAUUUUUCCCUUCCAUCUUCUUCAUUUGUCUUAUUUUUAAUCCUUUACCAGUCACCUUUCAUCCCUUACGUUCCUUCAUUCCUCUUCCUUUCCCAUCUUUAACAUUUCCCUUCCCUUCUCUUCUUUCUUUACUAACCUCCUUUCGUACCGUACUCUCCUUUUUAUCUCUUCCUUCUGUAUUGCUUCCUUGCCUCCCUUCCUCACUUCCUCCCUGUCUUCCUGCCCUCCCCCACCCCCCUUGUCGCUGUGGCCAUCGUGAGCGUGGGGUUGGCGCCUCGGUAUAACAAACUAACGAUAACAGUGUACAUAAUAUAACGCGCAUUCAGAGGUACUACUAUUAAGGAGUGAACCCUCGAGAACUGGACGAGUCUCUCCUUGAAAAGAGUGAGGCUCCGUUUUCUUUUUUUCGCUACUUGAGGGAAGGAAAAUGUGCAAUGGUUGUUUUUAUUUUUGGUGGUGUGUGGAUGUGCUGUUUAUGAUUGUGAUUCCCGUUUUUUUCCUUGAUGGUGUGAAAGAAAACGGUGUGUGGUUCUCGAGGGGUACUCAAGUAAUCAUGAUGGGUUAUGUGUACGUGUUAUGUUGCUUCCGUGCAUAAUUACGUACUUGUAUGCAUAACUCUUGAUCUUGUUUUUCAUUUUGUAUACACUAACAGUCCCCUUGCGUCUGUUGCUGUUGUUGUUACUAAUAUUAUUACUUGCCCUAUUAUUACUAAUUAUUAUUGUUGUUAUUAUUAUUAUUAUUAUUUUUAUUAUUGUUAUUAUUAUUAUUAUUAUUAUUAUUAUUAUUAUUAUUAUUAUUAUUAUUAUUAUUAUUGCUUCGUUUUUUAUAAAUAUUUGUAGAGAAGAGAAUGGAACACACACACACACACACACACACACACACACACACACACACACACACACACACACACACACACACACACACACACACACACACACACACUAUUUAGUCACUCAUCCCUAAUUGAUAUCUCUUCUUCCUCCUCCUCUUUUUCCUCCUCCUCCUCCUCCUCUUCCUCCUUCUCCCCUCCCCUCCCCCCUUCUCCUCCUCCCCUCUAAACCAGAGCAGGAGAGAGGGUAAGGGGAGAAUGGUAGGGGGUGGAUACGGAGGUGACCCAUUUCCCUUAAUAUGUGGGAAGGGGUGAAGGGAGGGUGGGAGACGUGAGGCUGCAGAGAGAGAGAGAGAGAGAGAGAGAGAGAGAGAGAGAGAGAGAGAGAGAGAGAGAGAGAGAGAGAGAGAGAGAGAGAGCAUUAGGGGCUUAUGAAUUGAAACAAAUUUAUAUUAUGACACGAACAUUACAUAACACAUAACAUUUAAUAGAGAGCGUAACAAGGAAAUUACACAUAUAUAAAAUAAAUGCAAUAACAUAUUCACACGUGAUAAUUAUAAAAAAAAGUAGAAUUAAGGACAAUUAUAUAUAUUUUUUUGUAAUGUUGAAAGUCCUAAAAAAAGGAAAAGUGUUACAAAGUUUCCGGCUUUUGCUUUGAUGUGGAAGAAAAUUAAAGACAAGCUAAUUAGAAAAAUAAUAAUAAUAAUAAGCUGAAAAAAAAACCUUGAAAUUAAAUGAGAAACAGAUAAGUGAUGUUUUUUUUAUAUGUGUACGUAUGUAUGUUUGUGUGUGUUCCCUUCUCAUUAUCAUUAUUUAUUAGUUUCAACAUUGUUUAUUAUUGUAUUUAACCUUUCCCAGCCUUGCGUUAGUUCUGAUUAACAAGCAUCCGCCGCUGCCACCAUUGUGCGUCAUCCGUCCCGCUGCCACCAUUUGCGUCACAUCCCCGCUGCCCCAUUAAUGUCACCUCGUCACCGCCUCGUCACGCUCGUCAUCCUCGUCAUCGUCAUCGUUAGGCUUAAUAUGAAUUCACGUAACCUGAAAUUUGUAUAACUUUUUUUUUUAAUAUAUAUUUUUUUUGUAUGUGUAAAUCGUUUUGCCCUGGUUUUAUAAUUCUAUUAAUACGUAACAGAAAUAUAUGUUUAUAGCCGUG